GAGGCGACCCGGAAGCGGAAGUGGAAGAAAGUUCUAGUGGGUUGAGGGAUCGGCGGGAGCAGCCGGGUGGCGGGAGAAGCCGUGACGGGAACCGGAGCUGUGAGUGAGCGCGAGCCGCGGAGCAAGGCCCGGGCUGGAGGAUUCCCAGAUUAAGCCUGAUCAAGAUGACAACCUCCCAAAAGCACCGAGACUUCGUGGCAGAGCCCAUGGGGGAAAAGCCAGUGGGAAGCCUGGCCGGGAUUGGUGAAGUCCUGGGCAAGAAGCUGGAGGAAAAGGGCUUUGACAAGGCCUAUGUGGUCCUUGGUCAGUUUCUGGUGCUAAGGAAAAAUGAAGAUCUUUUCCGGGAAUGGCUGAAGGACACGUGCGGCGCGAACGCCAAGCAGUCCCGGGACUGCUUCGGGUGCCUUCGAGAGUGGUGCGACGCGUUCCUGUGAUGCUCUCUGGGGAGCCCCCGACCCCGAGCCCCAGCACUGAGUCUCCAGAGUUUGCAGCCAAGUGAGGACUCUUCCCCUGUCCUCUACAAAGGAAACGAUUGCUGUUGUCGUGCGCACCUCCCAUGUACUCCAGGGUCUUUUGGGAGUUCUCUCCCCUCACCAUUUCAACUUUUUUGGAAUUCUUAUCCUUGCAUGCAUCCCCCUUCUCCUUUCCCUGCCAGUUUCGUGACAGCAGUUACCAGCUUUUCUGAGUGAUUCCUGGCCCUGUCCCCGCCCCCCUGCCCCCACCUCUGGUCUGUUUUAUGCCAUUUGGCCCUUUUUCUGGCAGAACGGUCACUGUCCUUGUAAAGUUUUUUAAAUCAAUAAAGUCAGUGGCCUUCGUGA